GAUCGCACUUCAGUCAAACGCGAAACAUCAGAGGGGUUGUACGUAGAGUGACGCUCUUGCCACUUUCUCAUAGUACGUUCUGCCACGAGUGUUCUGUCUUCUUAUCAAGAUGGUUCAGCUCAUCGGCAAUUACAUAGAUACCAAGAAGAAGGCGACAUGGAGAUACAUAGAGGAAUGGCAGGGGACCCUAUACUCCAUGGUCGUGUUUGGGGCGACUAUGGUGGUGAUGUUCUGGGCCAGUGUGUUCCUCUACACAUCAUUCUACUUCACAUAUAUGCCCCAGGAGUCCAUCACAUGGCCAAUACACUUCCAGUACAACGCGUGUGAGGAUCGACCAGGCAUCUGCACCAACCCUGAGGCUAUCAUUAGUGUGACAGAUCCAGCAAGGGGUACCCUCCUAGCCCGUGGCCAAAAGUACCGUGUAGUGGUUGAUUUGGAAAUGCCAGAGUCGACCACCAACCAGAGGCUAGGUAAUGAACCACAACCUUUCUCCUCAGGGAUGUUUCUGGUCUCCAUGGACAUGCGCAGCCACGGAGGGGAGUCGCUGCGGCAGGCCUCACGCUCAACCAUGCUCCGCUACAAGUCCAGUCUCCUGCAGACGAUCUCCACCAUGGCCUUUGCGCCCUUCUUCCUCUAUGGGGUUCAGGAAGAGAAGCAGAUGGUCACAGUCGAGCUCUUCUCUCAGUAUGAGGAAGAUCCUGUGACUCCUCUGUCUGAGGUAUAUGUGCGGCUGGCCACAAAGCAUGUCGAACUGUAUGGAGCCCAGCUGCGCAUCCAUGCAGUGUUCUCUGGUCUACGUUACCUUAUGUACCACUACCCGCUCACAGCUGCUGCUUUAGGCAUUGGUAUCUGCAUGGUGUUCCUGUCAGCAGUGGUUAUAUUCAGUUGGUAUCAGUUCUCCGGCUCAGCAGGCAAGCAGCUGGGUGGCCCAAGGCAGGUAAACUUCCCUAAUGGCCGUGCAACAGGCAUUGGACCCGGAAGGUCUGCAGGGGCUGGUGUGCAACCCAUGGAUGCUCUCCCCAAGGUGGUUCCUGCAGCAGCCAGAAAUGCAGGACUUGAGAUCCCCCCCAAAGCGAAAGAAGAGCCCCUAAAUGAGGAAGCCCCGAAGGAGGUGGGAAAGGAUGAAAAAGGUGAUUUAGAAGGUGGGGCUGCACUACCAGUGGAGCACGAGACAGGGGAGAACGACGGCCCAGGGCAUCAAGGGUCUGAGGCCGAGGGACGAGACAGUGACGAGUUUGAGGUUGUUUGCCCUUCAAAGAAUCCAGUUAAUGAAGAGACUAAAAGAAAGCUAUCAAGUGCAUGUGAUGAGGAUACCGUCCUUCGGCAACGAAUCCAGCCUGUCGAUGCUGAACCUUAGGGGGAACCUUCAGGACAGUAGCAAGAGACUAAUCUUUCCUAGUGUAUGCUGGAGAUCAAGCCUCAUAGUUUUAUUUUUGCAAUGAUAAGAAAAUAGAAAAGAUUGUAGUUUUGUUAUCUUCGAAAAUAUUGUUCCUGUGUGUUUUUUGUCUUUUGUGUGGGCCAAAGCAACUGUUUUUUUGUUUGUUGGUGAAAUUAUUGUUUUAUUUGUUAUUAGUAUAGGGAGACAGGAAAUUGGAAAAUAUUUAAUGAUACACAGAAUGUAUACGUGUGUAUGAGAUUAGAGUCAAAUAUCAUGGCAAUUUUAGGACCAAAUGGUACUUCAGUUACUGUCAUUGAUGAAAUAAUACUAAGAAGGUUAUGGUAUUUUAAGCAAACUGUAAGUCUUGACCUGAUGUUGCUCAGAGUUGCAAGUUCUUUCCAAACAAACCAGCAGUAUUAUAGAGGUAGCCCAUCAGUCCUUCCAUUUCCACUCCAGAACUCGCUCUUUCUUCUCUCCCUCUUUCUCCUUUCUCCAGCUGCUUCCCUCGCCCUCCCCCUCUCUUAUGGCUCCUCUCUGUCUCUCCCUUCUCCCCACCUUACCCCUCUCCCUCUUUCCCUCUCACUAUGUCUCUCUCACAAUUUUCAAAGUUUUUUUAUCUUGUGUUCAUUCAUUCAUUCACCAAGUAGAAGUCAUAUAGAUCACCCUUGUAAAAGCAAGUUUAUAGAAAGCCAGAUUUCAUUAUUGCAGUGUUGCCUUGUUUGUAGUUGCAUGUUCUGUUGUAGUUUUGGUAUAUUGUGUUUGUAGUUGCAUUUUCUGUUGUAGUUUUGGUAUGUUGUGCUUGUGCAUUGAAUCACUCAGGUGCUUUUAUCGUAAACUUCUAUAGGUAAUAUGUAAAGUAUCCCAUUCAUUUGCAUGUGUGUUUUGUUAAUGUGCACUGUGGAAAGAAGGGGUUCUCUGUUUGGGAUAAAUUAUGGAUAACUUAGGUGUAUUUACAUUUUGGGGAGAGAGAGUAGGUUAGUGUGUGUGUGUGUGUGUGUAUGUGUGUGUGUGUGUGUGUGUGUGUGUGUGUCUGUGUGUGUGUGUCUGUGUCUGUGUCUGUGUCUGUGUCUGUGUCUGUGUGUGUCUGUGUCUGUGUACGCACAUGUGCUUGCACACUUGUGUAAGUGUACAUGUUUAUGUAUUGGGGAACUCAUAGGAUUAUCUUGCAUUUCUUUGGAAUUUUCUGUGAUAAAUAACCAAUGAAGAAGAGUAUCAUCAUAUAUAUAUUUGCAUAUAUUAUGUAUGUGUACAUACAAAUGAACAUGCAUACAUCCAUCAUACCUGCAUUCAUACACACAUACAUAUAUACAUACAUAUAUACAUUUUUACAUACAUACAUAUUAAGAUAUUGAAGAACUGAAUACUCCUGAAAGUGAGAACAAAAAUCCAAAGAUUUUAGAGUAGAGAAAUGAAUAUUUGAGUACAAGAUGAAACAUUCCACAGAAAUUUAGGUAUUUUGAUUUUGUAAGAGUGUAAAAUGAUAGAUAUAUAUCUAGUUUGUAACGUGCCUUAAUUGUAUCAUGCGGUAUGUAGUAUUUUAUUUUGUAAUUGUAUUAGUUAUGUUUUAUUCAUACAUGGUUAUGUCAUUGAGCUUAUAUGUUACGAAAUUGUUAUUAGAGAACUUACAAAGCAUAUGUGUAAUUUACGUUUUUAUGUGAUCAGGUUAUGCAGAUCUUGAAAUUUGGUGAUUGUCCUCUGUAGAUUUCGAAAAAAGAUGAAAUUAACAAAAAAUAUAUAUAUAUAUGUU